UUCUUUGGCUCGCCACCAUCAUUCUUCCUGGCGGCCAAACGACCACACUAUAUCUACCUCCACGGCAGAGGAAUCUGGAUAGGGAAAAAUAUAAUCCGGGUGGAGAGAAAGAUCGGAGCUUGUACACCUAAACACAUGUCUCGUCCGGCAGUUCUUGUCCUCUGUGUUAUCUUUUUAUCAUCAAUCGUCACCGCCGACGACGACUCACCGUCGGCGUAUGAUAUCCUCCAGAGCUACAAUUUUCCGAUGGGUCUCCUCCCGAAAGGUGCACUUGGCUACGAUCUGGAUAAGGAUUCUGGGAAGUUCAAUGCCUAUUUUAACGGAAGCUGCGGCUUUUCACUUGAAGGUUCGUACCAGCUCAAAUAUAAAUCAAUCAUCAGUGGGUAUAUAUCCCAAAACAAGCUCACGAAACUGAGUGGUGUAAGCGUGAAGGUGUUGUUUUUGUGGCUUAAUAUUGUGGAGGUGACUAGGAACGGCGACGACAUGGAGUUCUCAGUGGGGAUAGCGUCGGCGGCAUUUCCGAUUGACAAUUUUUUCGAGUGUCCACAAUGUGGGUGUGGACUGGACUGCGUUAAUGGGCAAGUAAGGAAGCUGAAAACAAACCCUUUUGUGUCUUCUAUUUAGGGAUUUGGAAUUGAAAAAUUAGGGAUUUUGGACGAUGGGCUGUUUAUUAUAUUGGAAGAAUUGAAUUGGGUUUUACCCAGUUAUGCUAAUAUUUAUUGAAUUUGUAUGUGGGUUUGGUUUUGUUUA